CGCUCUCAUGUCUUUGUCUUUCAGGGGUUUGUAGCUGCUGUGGCUCCGUUUAACUUCACUGCCAUUGGUGGAAACCUGGCGGGCACCCCGGCUCUGAUGGGUAACGUCGUCCUCUGGAAGCCGAGCGACACCGCCAUGUCUGCCAGCUACUCUGUGUAUAAAAUCCUCAGGGAGUGCGGCAUGCCACCAAACAUCAUCCAGUUCUUGCCCGCUGACGGCCCCGUGUUCGGAGACGCCGUCACCGCCUCGGAGCACCUGGCAGGCAUCAACUUCACCGGCAGUGUGCCGACGUUUAAGCGUCUUUGGAAGCAGGUCGCGCAGAACCUGGACGUCUACAGGACUUUCCCUCGACUGGCAGGAGGUCAGGAGCGCUCCUCGCUGUCCGCUCUCACUACUUCCUUUAAAAGCAGCUCAUUUCCUCUGUUUCCUCAGCCUGUCGAGGACUUCAGCACCUUCUUAUCAGCCGUGAUCGACGACAAGUCGUUUGGGCGGAUAAAGAAGUGGCUCGAGCGCGCCAAGUCUUCCCCAAACCUGAAAGUCAUCGCCGGAGGAAACUGCGACGACAAGAAGGGCUACUUCGUGGAGCCGACCAUCAUCGAGACCAAAGACCCGCAGGACGCCAUCAUGAACGAGGAGAUCUUUGGGCCCGUCCUCGCCGUCUACGUUUAUCCUGAGAAGGACUACAGAGAGGUUCUGCGGCUGAUCGACACCACGUCGCCGUACGCGCUGACCGGAGCCGUGUUCGCCAAGGACGAGUAA